ACGAUCAUGGUGACAUAGGAAUUAAUAUUUUUGUGUAAAUCAACAAAGAAAGUCUAACAGAUUACAAUACCAAUGUUAAAUUUCGUUGUCAACUAUUUGGAUACAUAAAAUUGUGAUGUGGAAUACCUCUUUAUGGAUUUACUUGCAAAAUGAAGGAUAUGAGCUAUUAGAAUGGGCAAAAUGUGGGGAGAGCUUGUUGUCAGUGGUGCCGACAGUGCUGUGGGCGAGUGGAGCGGCGGCGCUUGCGCAGAGGGUGCUCUCCGCGCUCUUUAGACGUUUCGUGUUCCGACGCGUGCCACUCUGGGAACUUAUUUUACAGCACCUACUGUUCAUAUGGAUGGUGAUAUACAGUCUACACUUUUGGGUGAUGCUUGUCAGGCUCCUGAAGAGUAUCGUUGAAUACUGUUUCGAAGACGAAAUGGUAAUAAUGUCAGAGGAUGACCUGGAGAGCCGCAAGAUGAUGCAGCAGUGGAUGAUCUGGAUGUGCGGCGUGGCGCCACUCGCGUUCUACAUCCAGACGCGACCGCGCCCCGAGAUGCCGCCGCUCAUGAUAUGGAUCACUACAAGUCCGUGGCAGCGUCGCGAGAUGGGACCCUACGGCUAUUACCUGAACCGUCCCCUAUCCACCCUACAGUCGUCUACAAACGUGUCUCUCAGGCAACAGGCACUCACGCUGCGACGGGCCUUCAGCGACUCCAAGGUCAUCAUCAAAGAACCGCCCAAGAAGAAGAGAUAUUCUAAAUCCGUCUAACGUUGAGUUGUUUUAAGAAUAUUCAAGUUAUAGUCUAGUCCGAACAUUAUUGUAAUCGUUGAGAAUGUUAUAAAUCUGUCAUUUUAAGAUAAUAAAAUGGUGAAUCGUG